AUGCACACUAUCCGCCCACAGUUUGUUGAUGAUGAGGUUGCUGACGUCUUUGGCAGAGACAUCGCAGUACUUAAGACCUAUGGCGCUGCGCCCUACGCAAAUGCUCUGAAGGAGCUCGAGAAGAAGAUUAAAGAGAGACAAGCAAGCGUCAAUGAGAAAAUCGGCGUUAAGCUUACACCUGUUCAGGAAUCCGACACUGGACUCGCACCUCCACAUCUCUGGGAUGUUGCUGCCGACCGACAACGGAUGGCCGAGGAGCAGCCACUGCAAGUAGCUCGAUGCACAAAGAUCAUUCAGGAUGAGAAGGACGCGGAUAAAAGCAAAUAUGUUAUCAACGUGAAACAAAUUGCCAAAUUCGUGGUCAACCUUGGUGAACGUGUCAGCCCAACAGAUAUUGAAGAGGGCAUGCGAGUCGGUGUCGACCGGAAUAAGUACCAGAUUAUGCUGCCUCUGCCUCCCAAAAUCGACCCCAGCGUGACAAUGAUGACCGUCGAGGAUAAGCCGGAUGUUACAUACGGUGAUGUGGGAGGUUGCAAAGAACAGAUUGAGAAGCUACGAGAAGUUGUGGAGAUGCCCUUGCUAUCACCGGAGCGAUUUGUGAACCUUGGUAUUGACCCACCUAAGGGUGCUCUGCUUUACGGUCCUCCUGGUACUGGUAAGACUCUCUGUGCUCGUGCUGUGGCCAACCGAACCGACGCCACCUUCAUUCGCGUUAUUGGAAGUGAGUUGGUCCAGAAAUACGUCGGUGAAGGUGCCCGGAUGGUUCGUGAAUUGUUCGAGAUGGCCCGCACGAAGAAGGCCUGCAUUAUCUUCUUCGACGAAAUUGAUGCUGUCGGAGGUGCACGUUUCGAUGACGGUGCUGGUGGUGAUAAUGAGGUCCAGCGUACUAUGCUGGAACUGAUUACACAACUGGAUGGUUUCGAUGCCCGUGGCAAUAUCAAGGUGAUGUUUGCAACCAACCGACCGUCCACUCUGGAUCCUGCUCUGAUGCGUCCUGGUCGUAUUGACCGAAAGAUCGAGUUCUCUCUGCCAGACGUUGAGGGCCGAGCCAACAUUCUGCGUAUCCACGCCAAGAGCAUGUCUGUCGAGCGAGACAUUCGAUGGGAGUUGAUUUCACGACUCUGCCCCAACGCUACAGGUGCUGAGUUGCGUAGUGUUGCAACCGAGGCCGGCAUGUUUGCUAUUCGCGCUCGACGAAAGGUCGCAACUGAGAAGGACUUUUUGGCAUCGGUGGAGAAGGUGAUCAAGGGUAACCUAAAGUUCAACUCCACGGCCACAUACAUGCAAUACAACUAG